ACUUGGAAAGGGAAGGAGACGGAAUACUUAACUGCUUAGAGUAGCCUUUCUUAAAACUUUCCAUGUCUAAAUGGACUCCUGAAUGUAAUAUAGUCUAUACUUUAAAAGCGGAUAUGAAGAGUGAAGUUCCUUCUGAUGCACCAAAGAGACAGGAGUGUCUGAAGGGGAUCCUCUUGAACCCUGCGCCUAUUGGGGCAGCCAAAACCUUCCCUGCAGAAGUUGAGAUGAUUGCCAGUAAAGUAGGGAAUGAGUUCUCUCACUUAUGUGGUGACUCUCAAAAGCAGAAGGACAUGAAUGGCAACCGUACAGACCAAGACAAAAGUAUUAUGGUGCGAAAAAAACGCAAGAGCCAGCAGGCUGGUCCAUCGUAUACUCAGAAUUGUCCUGAUAAAGAAAACCAAGGAAUUUUAGGAUUAAGACAGCAUAUAGAAACGCAGAGUGAAGACAAUGAUUCUUCUUUUAGUGACUGUAUCUCUUCACCUUCAUCUAGCCUACAUUUUGGAGACUCCGACACAGUAACAUCAGAAGAAGAAAAAGAUGUUCCUGUUAGGCACCCUCAGGCAGUGUUGAAUACUACAAGUAGAACUCAUAGUGCAAGGUCACAAAAGUGGCCUCGGACUGAGGCAGAUUCUGUACCUGGAUUAUUAAUGAAAAGACCCUGUUUUCACAGCAGUUCACUGAGAAGACUUCCAUAUAGGAAGAGAUUUGUGAAAACUAGUUCCUCGCAGCGGACCCAAAACCAAAAAGAACGAAUUUUAAUGCAGAGGAAAAAACGAGAAGUGUUAGCUCGAAGAAAGUAUGCUUUACUACCCAGCUCUAGCAGUUCCAGUGAGAAUGAUCUCAGUAGUGAAUCUUCUUCCAGUUCCUCUACUGAAGGAGAGGAAGACUUAUUUGUAUCACCUGGUGAAAAUCACCAGAACAAUACAACUGUUCCUUCAGGAAAUAUAGAUGAAGAUGUUGUGGUGAUUGAAGCAUCCUCUACUCCCCAGGUCACUGCCAAUGAAGAAAUAAAUGUUACCUCAACAGAUAGCGAAGUGGAGAUUGUCACAGUUGGUGAAAGCUACAGGUCUCGUUCAACAGUUGGACACUCCAGAUCACACUGGGGACAGAGCUCUGCUUCUCAUGCUGCCCGGCCCCAGGAGCAGCGCAACCGCAGCAGGAUUUCAACAGUCAUACAGCCACUGAGACAAAAUGCGGCAGAAGUAGUGGACCUUACAGUGGACGAAGAUGAGCCAGCAGUUGUUCCAACCACCUCAACCAGAGUGGAGUCCCAGGCUGUGAGUUCAGCUUCCAGUACCAGUUCUAAUACGUUGUCUACCUCAGAGCCGGCCCCUGAUGCAGCUCCGAUCGUCUCCAGCAGCCAGCCCCCCUCCUCAGCACCCGAGACUUCGACUAGUCUUCCCAACAGCAGCACUGCUGGUACUUCAGCUGGAGAUGAUGUAAGAAGAGCUGCAUCUAAUACAACACUGGAAACUGGCCCUCCUGCUAUGCCAAGAUUACCAUCGUGCUGCCCUCAACACUCUCCAUGUGGAGGACCUUCACAGAAUCAUCAUGCCUUGGGACACCCCCAUACAAGCUGCUUUCAGCAGCACAGCCACCACUUUCAACACCACCACCACCAUCAUCACAACCCUCACCCAGCUGUUCCACUGUCUCCUUCAUUCAGUGACUCCAGCUGCCCUGUGGAAAGGCCUCCUCCAGUGCCUGCACCUUGUGGAGCAAGCAGCAGCUCUGGCAGCAGUUACCAUGAUCAGCAGGCCUUGCCAGUAGACUUAAGCAGCAGUGGUAUAAGAAGUCAUGGAAGUGGUGCUUUUCAUGGGACAUCUGCUUUUGACCCCUGCUGUCCUGGCUCUUCAUCUCGAACUGCAAUUUAUGGGCAUCAGGCUGGUGCUGGACCAAGCCAGUCCCUGACAAUUGAUGGGUAUGGAUCGAGUAUCGUUGCGCAGCCGCAGCCACAGCCUCCUCCCCAGGCAUCGCUCUCCUCCUGUCGACACUACAUGCAUUCUCCUUAUGCUUCUUUGACCAGACCUCUUCACCAUCAAGCUUCUGCAUGUCCCCACUCUCAUGGAAAUCCUCCUCCACAGCCACAACCUCCUCCUCAAGUAGAUUAUGUUAUUCCUCAUCCAGUGCAUCCCUUCCAUCCUUCAAUCUCUUCUCAUGCAUCUUCUCAUCCUGUUCCACCUCCACCUCCACCACCAACUCAUCCUUUAGCCAAUGCAGCUGCUCCAAUUCCACAGCAUCUUCCAGCUACACACCAGCCUAUAUCCCAUCACAUCCCUGCAACAGCACCUCCAGCACAGAGGCUACAUCCUCACGAAGUGAUCCAGAGGAUGGAGGUCCAGAGAAGAAGAAUGAUGCAGCACCCAACACGUGCUCACGAACGGCCUCCUCCACAUCCUCACAGAAUGCAUCCCAAUUAUGGUCACGGGCAUCAUAUUCAUGUGCCUCAGACAAUGUCUUCCCAUCCUCGACAAGCUCCAGAGAGGUCUGCCUGGUCA